UGUUGGUUGUUUUGAGCGGUUAAAGGAGUGUUGUGGCUUGUGGAAAAACUGUAAAUGUAUCACUUCUAACGAAACAAAUGGCGCUUUAACAUCAUUGAGACCCCAUAGAAGGAUGAGAAAUAUAUGCAGAAACCAGCUCAACACGAACGCCCAACAUCCGAAACAACAAUUAAUAACAAACUCUACAAGCAACACCAACCACAGGCCAUUAGCCAAGUAACAGCAGCCACAGUAGCAGCGGCAAAAAUCACUUAUAAACAUCCGCAUGAUUGUAGCAUUUAACUCACGUUUCAGCAUACAUAUAAACGUAUAAAAUACAGACAUACAUACUCGUACAUUUCAAGCCGGAAAUAGAUAAAUCAACAAGAAAAACGUGAACGACAACAUAACGUUUGGGAGCGUAGCUGUGCGAUACGAAAAAGUUAACGAUAAACAAAAAAGGCGCCACAGUAAACCAAAACAUUCUCAUUCAAACAAUAGCAACACUCACCACAACCGCUAUAAACAACAAACAGCAGCGGCAACAUUUGAAAGUGCGCCACGGCAUCGACAGCAACAGCAAUAUAGCAAUUGCAAGAAGAAAGCCAACAAAACAAACGGAGGAUUCUGCGCCACAUCAAGGUCGUCUAGGAAAAAGGUGGGUGCGUGUGUGUGACCGAGAGAAAGAGAGAGCUGGAGCUCCAAAGAAUGCAAUAACAAUAAAACAUAAACAAGUUUUCGUUGGUUAGUUAAGAGUAAGGGAGCGCGCAGCAAGCAGCAGGACAGAGAGCGCGUAUGCAACGAACGAACAAGUUGCAAGUUGGCGGAGACAACAAACCAUUCAACCUACAAGCAAACGAACUGCAACAGCGAACAUCCAACCGACGCAAUCGAGCCGCAUGUAAAAUCAUAGCAAACAAAGAAAGCAGCAGCAACCAAAGCACAAUUGGCGCUCAAUAAAGUAAGAGCAACACAAGAGGCAUUGCAGAGCAACUAAAGCAACGGCAGCAGCAGCACAAGCAACGACAGCGACAACGGCAAUCAACAGCCAACAGGAGAAGCAAACGGAGUUGUAGUCUCAGCGAUUAGUCGCGUGCAUUUGUGACUUCAGUUCGAAGCGGACAUUCGGCGCGAAUGCAAGUCAGGUAAAAUUUAGUGCUGUUCUUCCUUCUCUUCGGUAAAGUCAAAUAGUUAUUUGUAAACACAAGUUGUUGAUAAAAUAUAAUAGUUAAAAAAAGAGUUAAGUUGUUGCGCGCUAGUCGUUCAAUUUUCGAAUGCACAAAGGAAGUGCACGUUUUGAAAUCAAUUGAGCGUUACUUUCAAGAUAAAAUAUUACAUAGUAAUAAAUUUGGUGCGAGCAAAGAAUAAGUGACCUCUGUGAACUUUUGUGUUUUGCGAAUUGAAUUCUAAAUCGUUGCUGUUGAAUACGUGAAAGUGCAUUUCCUCAACCUGAAGAACAUUUUAACUUCUUUCGUGGCAUUGGAUCAAAGGUCAGCUUUGACAGUGGAUUCCUCUUGCCCCAAAAGAAAAAAAUGCGACAUGGACCGCGAACGCGAAAGAGAUACAAAAUCGCUCGAGCCGCGCGAUCUAUCAUCGACGGGGCGCAUCUUUGCCAGGGGCGAUAUUAAAAUAAGCGCUUCACCAACUGUCUCACCGACGAUCUCGAAUUCUUCCUCGCCCACGCCGACACCGCCCGCAAGUUCAUCGGUGCCACCCAUUGGGUUGCCGACCAGCGUAGGCGGUGGUGCAUCCAGCGCGCCCGGUAGCACUUCCGCCGCUAGCGCCAGUUCCUAUUUGCAUGCCAAUCACAAGCCCAUCACCGGCAUUCCUUGCGUGGCGGCUGCUUCACGGUAUACUGCGCCCGUGCACAUCGAUGUGGGUGGCACAAUUUAUACCAGCUCACUAGAAACGCUCACCAAGUAUCCAGAUUCGAAGUUGGCGAAACUAUUCAACGGCACCAUACCGAUUGUGUUGGACUCGUUGAAGCAGCACUAUUUCAUUGACCGCGAUGGCGGCAUGUUCCGACACGUAUUGAACUUCAUGAGAAACUCAAGACUUUUGAUCGCCGAGGAUUUUCCCGAUCUCGAACUGCUGCUCGAAGAGGCGCGUUACUUUGAAGUGGAACCGAUGAUCAAGCAACUGGAGAGCAUGCGCAAGGAUCGUGUGCGUAACGGUAAUUAUCUAGUGGCACCACCAACACCACCAGCGCGGAUCAAAAGCAGUCCACGCACAAAUUCUUCGCCAGAAUAUAAUUACGAAGUGGUCGCAUUGCAUAUAUCACCCGAUCUGGGAGAGCGCAUUAUGUUGUCCGCGGAGCGUUCACUCCUCGACGAAGUCUUUCCCGAGGCCAAUCAGGCUACACAGACCACCCGCAGUGGAGUGUCGUGGAACCAAGGCGACUGGAGGCAAAUCAUACGCUUUCCAUUGAACGGCUACUGCAAGUUGAACUCGGUACAGGUGCUGACACGCCUACUUAAUGCCGGCUUCACCAUCGAGGCGAGCACCGGUGGCGGCGUCGAAGGGCAACAGUUCUCCGAGUAUCUGCUGGUGCGUCGGAUUCCAAUGUGAUAGUCCUGUGCUUGGGAAUUUAUUUACGUUAAAGUAAUUGUUUAAAUUUUAAGACAUUUUAGCGACAAGAACGAAAUAUUGAAUAUUUGAAAAAAAAAUCAAAAAACACAUAAUUACCAACAAAAUGAGAAAAUUGAAAACAAAGCAUAAAAAAAGAAAAAAUGGUAAUAAAGGUAUAAUAAUUAAAUAUGAAAAUUAAAAUAUAUUAUAAAUGUGAAAAAAUUUUAAAUACAAUGAUCGCACAUCCGUAUACAGCACACAAAUGAGUUGCAUGCGUUUGUGGGUGUGGGUGUGGGUGUGUGUGCAACAUGAUUGCUAGGAACCUGCAACAUGCCAUGCAGUUUUAAUGAGCUCGUAGUCUAUAUACAUACAACAAUACAUAUGCAUAUACUCAAUGUAACUAAAUUAAUUGAUUAGUGUUUUAAGCUCUUAGAGUUAAUUGAAGAGGGAAAAAUAAAUCGAGGAAUUAAAUAAUUAUUAAUUUUUGUUCAAAUUCUUUAUAGUUUAAAGAAAUUUAGUUUAAAUAAAUAUUAUAUGUUGCAUCCACUGAUUUGCUUGGCGAAUUGAUUUACUGUAAUUGUACAAUUGUUAGCUGGAGAGAAAAAAAACUUAAAUGAUAACGAAAUUAUUUAAAACUCUGUUUGGCUGAAGUUAAUUUGUUUUUAAGGAAAAUGUUUUUGAACUGAAGUGAAUAUUUUGUAAAAGCGAAGUAACAGUGACAGCAUUUAACAAUAGCCGAUAAGCACGAAUAUGUCUGUGUAUGUGUGCAUUGCAUUUUCAUUAAACGUUUUAUGAAUGUAACUUUUGCAGAAAAUUAAAAGAAAAAACUAAAGAACAAAUAAAAUAAAUAUAUUGAAAUAAAAAGUCAACGCCCAUACAUUACAUAGAUGAACAUACAUACAUACAUCACAUUAGAUGUCUUAAA